AUGGCGGCCGCCGAAGAAAAAGAUAAGGAAAAAAAGGAAAAAGUCGAUGCGCGUUUCGAUUAUUUUAAUAAUUAUGUAAUGAAAACUUUAAGACUGAAAAACGAACGCUGGGUUAAGAUGAUGGGUAUACCUGAGUCAAAGGAUCUCAUACAAACCUUCCUCAGCAAUCCCAGUCAGCCACAUUUGGUUUUCUACAUAAACAUUGCUUCGAUUUUGACGCCCGCCUUUGACUUUCCACCAAAGCCACGCAGCAAAAUUGUUUACUUCAUGCGACGCGAAAUACCCUGCGAACUUACCCUGGAGGACAUGGAUAGCAAACUUAUGGUUGGUGAUAUACUGCCAAAUGUGCUGGAAAAUCUAUCAGUACUCUGUGAUGAUGUCAUAUUUCCGGUGGUCAACAAUCCAGUCAAUCAAGAUGGUUGGACAUCGGUGAUAGUUAAUGAUAUGAGAACUGAAUCACAGGACUUGCGCAAUGGCAUAGCACAAAUGAAAGGCAUCGUUAUUAAUCGCACAAUUCUACCACUGCCCAUAUGUAUUGACGAAGUGAUGGAUUGCGCGCCACAAAUUGCAUCCGGCGAUCUAAGCAAGUUCACAAACCUACUCAAGCAUUCGCUGGAAAUCAUGGUGGUCAAGUGGCAAGACUCCGUUGAAGAUCUAGUUUUGGUAAAAUGUCGUGACCGUAUGUAUGACAAGGAAUUACAUCCGAAACCCGAUAUGCUCUUCGCCUUUUGGGAAACUCGCUUGGAGAACUUGGAGAAUCUAGCCGAUCAGUUGGGCGAUAAGCGUAUCAAAACAAUCGGUUUUGUGCUCGAAAAAAUCAAUUCUGUCUUCGAGUCCACCUAUCGAAAGAUCGUCGAAUUGGUGCUGCAAGCCUUGGCAGAAGCGCGUGACAUUACCAAAUUUUUGACGCCCCUGGCCAAAAUGGUGGACACUUUCGAAUCGAAUCGCAUGGAGGACAAUCGCGCUCAAUUGCGGCCGUUGCUGCUAACCGUUGGCCUGGUGUGGGGCCAUUCAAAAUACUUUCACACUUUGGACAACAUGGUUCUACUUUUCGAGCUGCUGCAUAACACAAUCAUUGAGAAUGUCAUACUAACCAUCGAACCGGAGAGUUGUUUUGGCGAUGUUGAUGAGGCUUACAAGCGCAUUGUGACAAAUCUUGAUCACUUAGACUACUACAAGAAAACUUAUGACAGCUGCCGCUCUAGCUUGAAGAAAUUCAAAAUUGGCACAGAAUUCAAUUCACAAGACUGGACAUGGCACCCGAAGACGAUUUUCGAUAGAUUCGAUCGCUUUGUAGAUCGACUUAAUGUGUUGAAGGGAAUCUUCGAUACGGGCCGUGAUUUCCUUAAGCUGGAAAAAAUCGUUGUCGGCGGUUUGAAGGGCCGUCAAAUAUCCGCUGCACUUUCACAAAUUCUUGAGAAAUUCAACAACGAAUAUCGCGAUUGGACAAACGGCAUGACAUACAAUGUGCUCGACCCCGACGAUUUCAUUGAACAAUUUGAAAAGGAUGUAGCGAAAUUUCACGAAUUCGCCGAACAGCUGGAGCGACGCAUGGCCUUUCAAUUCGAAUUGGCGCUGCUGGACUCGCACGAUUUGAUGCUCUGUGGCAGUUUGCUGCUGAGGCCGAUCAUCAAAGCGCAAAUAGAUCCGCAUAUGCACAUACUGGUGGACGAUUUGGAGGAGGAAAUACUCGCAGUUAAGGAGGAUUUUAAUGCUUACGAGGCGAUUUAUAAACAGUCGGGUGUGCAGGGACUGCCAACUGAUAAAUGUUUUCCAAAACUUUCUGGCGCCAUUUCUUGGCUACACAAAUUGCGGCAUCGCAUCACAUGGAUCAAAACAGACUACGAACUCUACGAAUACCCACUUUUCGAUAACGAACAUGGCGAACAAACGCUGGAUAUUUACCAUCAAAUGCUCAACGAAAUCGAUGCGCUAAAGAAGACCAUACUUGAAGAGUGGUAUACAACAGUGCGCGAACACAUUGACCAUGGCAUGGCUCAGACGCUGUUGCAAAAGGACGAAUUUGGUGUACUGUCAGUGAAUUUCACGCAGGAGUUGGCGAAUGCUUUGAAGGAUAUCAAAGUGUUGCGCAUUAUGGAGUGUGAAGUCCCAGAGGAGCUUGUAGAGUUCUUCGAACGUGAUGAAACAUUCUGGCAAGCGCGUCUCAAACUCAGGCGUAUAGCGGAAUGGUACAACGAUGUUAACGCACGCUCACAGCCGACGGAAAAGGAUCUGAUACGUGCGGAACUCAGUGCGAUUGAGAUGUAUAUGGAGCCCUUUAUAAGUGAUAUAAUUUGGAUGUCAAUUGAUCAGCGAUUUAUUAACAAAGUUUUUGCCAAGAUUAGUCAUUUGCAAAAGCGCAUCGAGAAAUGCCAAGCCAAUUUGGAAGCUAUAAAGCAAAGUAUUAAUGCCUGGGGCAAAGUGCCACUUUUCCAACGUAAAGAUCUCAAUCCCAAAGCACUACUAGCCGUCGAACCACGUUCGGUUAUUAUGGAAAAACGGCGCCAGCAAGCAUUGGUCACUAAGGAAUUGAUAGACAAAUUAAUGUUGGAGAAUGCUAAGCUAUUUUUUGACAUACCGCAUCGGUAUGAAAUCGAUGAGGGCAGCAGCGAAGCUAUUGAAGAGGAGAAUAACGAAGAGAGCGCAGCAGGAAAUGCACGAGAGGGAUUAAAACGUAUCACGAUGAUGCCAACUGAAAGCCCAGAAGAGGAAGAAGAAAGUUCAUCGGAGGACGAGCUAAUUACGCCGCAACAUCGCUACGAUUUGCUGCAAACGCUCAGCGCGGAAGAGCGCGCACAAUUUCGUCAGUAUGAAAAGUAUGUGGAUGAACAAAUCGCUGCUCAACUAUUGGAUGCAGUCAUUACCAGUGUUACAUACUUGCGAAUGGAGAUUGAUAAUCGCUAUGAGAAUGAUGCGCCAAUUUUUGAAAUUCUCAUGGAGCUGCAAGAGCCAAUGGUGGUGUACUUUUUAAAUUUGGAUCCCACUUCGAAGCAUGGUUUUACAAUGCAUGUGGAGGGUUUAAUUGAUGAUAUGUACAAAAUGAUGGGCAUGUUGCCGCGUGUAGCGCAGGAGCUGACAGCGGAGGAUGCGGAGCCCGAAAAUUUUAUGUCGGAAUUGAAAGACAAAGCCGAUAUGCAUAAGCAACGUAAUGACAUAAUGACUAAAGUGAAAAUCGCACUGCAACAGAUACGUUCCCACUCAAAAAUCUAUAUGGAAUAUUCGUAUUUAUGGCUAUCAAAUAAACAGCAAUAUCUUGCCGAAGUUAAGAAAUUUGGACGCCCCUUGAGUGUACUGGAACGCGAAUCAGAAUUGGGCGGUGAAGGCGAAUCGGGUGUAAAGCCAUUGAAGGAAGAGCAUCCGCCGCUAAGUGUCUACAAGGAACAGUUGGACAAAUUUAUUGCCUUGCAAAGCGAGAUCUCACAAUGGGAGUUAUAUUCUGACUUUAACGUUUGGUUGCGCUUAAAUAAGAGAGGUUUUAAAAACGCUAUGCUAAAUCAAGUGGGGAAAUGGAUAAGUCUCUUUAAGCAGGAUCUAAUUGAUAGAGUUAAGAACUCACUACAGGAAUUGGAAGACUUUGUCGACGAAGCUCACGAAGCGCUCAAAAUCGAGCUCAACAAAGAUGACUUUGAGGGUUUACUCAAAAUUCUUUCUGUACUCAAUACAAUCAACGAAAAGCAAUACACUUAUGAUUACAUGUUCGACCCAUUACGUGAGGUGGUCGAUUUGUUGAAGCAAUACAAUUAUGACUUUAAGGAUAGCGUGUUGGCGCAGCUAAGCGAACUGCCCGACAAGUGGAUGAAGGUGAAAAAAAAUGCUGCCGCCGUCAAGCAAACGAUUGCGCCCAUACAGUCCUACCAAGUCGAUCUGAUUGAGAAACGGAUUAUACUUUGCGAUACUAUGGCUAAUCAGUAUCGCAAGCGAUUUCUGCGCAAAAGGUUCUUCCAAGUUCCUUGUGAUAAUCCAUAUGAGUUCAUUGACGAAGCUGAUUUGGAAAUAACCGCUUUGGAGGAACGUCAGAACUCAUUAACGGAGUCAGCUGUACUUUUCGAACUGCAAGGUCCAGAUCUAAGUAAAAUUGAACGCUGUCGCUUUGAAUUAAAACUUCUAAAGGUGAUGUGGGACUUUGCAAUAACAAUUACGACAACGAUCAACGAAUGGAAAAAGACGCCUUGGAAGAAAAUCGAUAUUGAGUCGAUGGAUCAAGAAUGCAAGAAGUUCGGUAAAGAGUUGCGUGGGCUAGGCAAAGAAAUGCGCACAUGGGAUCCUUACAUACAUACGGAGAAUCAAUUGAAGAACCUAAUGACUUCACUACGCGCUGUAACAGAGUUGCAGAAUCCAGCAAUACGUGAUCGCCACUGGUUUGAAUUGAUGCAAACGACCGGCGUCAAGUUCAGCAUGGAUGAUUCAACUACGCUCAAAGAUCUGAUCGAUUUGAACUUGCACGAGUACGAGGAGGAAGUGAAGAACAUUGUGGACAAAUCGGUAAAGGAACAAGCGAUGGAAAAGAUGCUUAAGGAUCUUGCCAACACAUGGGCUAACAUGGAGUUCCAGAAUGAAAUACACGAACGCACUGGACUCAAGCUACUUAAGGCAUCAGAGGAAAUGAUCGAAACCUUAGAAGAUAACCAAGUACAGUUGCAAAAUAUGGCAUCGUCCAAGUAUGUUGGUUUCUUUCAGCACGAGGUCGCUGCUUGGCAACAAAAGUUAUCCAAUGCAGAUCAGAUAAUCGGUUCCUGGUUUGAGGUGCAGCGCAAGUGGCAAUAUCUAGAGAGCAUCUUCAUCGGUUCCGAGGAUAUAAGAUCACAAUUGCCCGAAGACUCCAAGCGCUUCGACUACAUUGAUCGCGAAUUCAAGCAAUUGCUAAAUCAAAUGAAUGCCGAUCACAAUGUAGUGCGUGCAACUAACAGGCCGAAUAGCAAGCUAUACGAAACACUCGAAUCGCUACUCAAACAACUCACCAUGUGCGAAAAGGCGCUCAAUGAUUAUCUCGAGACCAAACGACUUGCAUAUCCACGUUUCUAUUUCGUUUCCUCCGCCGAUCUGCUGGACAUUCUCUCCAAUGGUAAUAAUCCCCAAAUGGUGUGCCGCCACUUGACUAAACUUUACGAUUCCAUGGGCCGCUUGGAAAUGAUCGCCGGCACAAAGGUAGCUGUCGGCAUGAUAGCCAAGGAACACGAGGAGCUAGUGCCUUUCUUAAACGAUUGCGACUGCAGCGGUAAAGUCGAGGUGUGGCUCAAUCGUGUAACGGACAAAAUGCGUGAAACGCUGCGUGAUCAUUUUCGGCGCGCAGUUAUCGCAUACGAAGAGAAACCGCGCCACAUUUGGAUCUUCGAAUGGCCCGCGCAACCGGCUUUGGUAACAACGCAAAUUUGGUGGACAACCGAAACUAAUGACGCAUUUGCCAAAGUACAGCAGCGUUACGAGAACGCAAUCAAAGACUACAAUAAGAAGCAAGUGGCACAGCUGAACAAUUUAAUUAACAUUCUCCUGACCGAUCUGUCGGCAUCCGAUCGGCAAAAGAUCAUGACCGUUUGCACGAUCGAUGUGCACAGUCGCGAUGUGGUGGCGAAAAUUAUUUCGGCAAAGGUUGAGGUGGCCACAGCGUUUCAAUGGCAGAGCCAAUUGCGUCAUCGCUGGGAUACAAAGUACGAUGAUUGCUUUGCCAAUAUCUGCGAUGCACAAUUCAAGUACGACUAUGAAUAUUUGGGUAAUACGCCACGUCUGGUAAUCACACCGCUAACCGAUCGCUGCUACAUAACCCUAACACAGUCCUUGCACUUGGUGAUGGGUGGCGCGCCAGCCGGUCCCGCAGGCACGGGCAAGACGGAAACUACCAAGGAUCUCGGGCGUGCGCUGGGCAUGAUGGUGUACGUGUUCAAUUGCUCCGAGCAAAUGGAUUACAAAUCUUGUGGCAAUAUACACAAGGGACUAGCGCAAACCGGCGCUUGGGGCUGCUUUGAUGAAUUCAAUCGCAUAUCGGUGGAAGUGCUCUCCGUGGUGGCAGUGCAAGUGAAAUGCAUACAGGAUGCCAUUAAGGCAAAGAAGGUGAUGUUCAACUUUCUAGGCGAAAUUAUAUCGCUGCGUCCGACAGUCGGCAUGUUUAUCACCAUGAAUCCCGGCUAUGCGGGACGCGCAGAAUUGCCCGAAAAUCUAAAAGCGCUUUAUCGCCCCUGUGCCAUGGUUGUGCCGGAUUUUGCGCUCAUUAGUGAAAUUAUGAUGGUGGCAGAAGGCUUCCAGGAAGCGCGUCCGUUAGCUCAAAAAUUCAUUACACUCUACACGCUGUGCAAGGAGCUGUUAUCAAAGCAGGAUCACUACGAUUGGGGUUUGCGUGCCAUCAAGUCGGUGCUGGUAGUUGCCGGUUCUUUGCGACGUGAUGACCGCUACCGUCCCGAAGAUCAGGUGCUCAUGCGUGCCCUACGUGAUUUCAAUAUACCGAAAAUCAUAACCGAUGAUGUGCCAGUAUUUAUGGGUCUUAUUGGCGAUUUAUUCCCCAAUUUAGAUGUGCCGCGAAAACGUUCUCUGGAGUUUGAAGCUAUCAUCAAAAGAUCGGCAAUUGAUCUUAAACUACAACCGGAAGAGGGAUUCAUUCUGAAAAUUGUACAACUGGAGGAGCUGUUUGCUGUCAGACAUUCGGUAUUCAUAAUUGGCUUCGCCGGCACCGGAAAAUCUGAGGUGUGGAAGACCUUAAAUAAAACGUAUCAAAAUCAAAAACGCAAACCGCACUACAAUGAUCUCAAUCCGAAAGCCGUUACUAAUGAUGAGCUUUUCGGUAUUGUCAAUCCGGCGACACGUGAAUGGAAAGAUGGACUAUUCUCAAUUAUUAUGCGCGAUCAAGCAAAUCUAGGUGGUACGGGUCCUAAAUGGAUCGUAUUGGAUGGUGACAUUGAUCCGAUGUGGAUUGAAAGUCUGAAUACGGUCAUGGAUGAUAAUAAAGUGCUGACACUGGCGAGCAACGAACGCAUUGCUUUGACUAAGGAGAUGCGUCUACUUUUCGAAAUCGCGAAUCUAAAAACGGCGACACCUGCCACAGUAUCGCGCGCCGGUAUUCUCUACAUCAAUCCGCAAGAUCUUGGCUGGAGCCCCUUCAUACAGUCGUGGCUGAAUACGCGUCCAAAUCAAACGGAGAUCGCCACACUCAAUGUACUCUUCGACAAGUAUGUGCCGCCCAUGUUGGAUGUAUUCAACAAACGUUUGAAGCGUAUCACGCCCAUCUCGAAUAUCGCCAUGCUGCAAAUGACCUGCUUCCUGCUCGAUUGCAUGCUUACGCCGCAAAAUGUACCCAACGACUGCCCGAAAGACUGGUACGAGAUAUACUUUGUAUUCAGCAUAAUUUGGGGCUUUGGCUCCACGCUCUUUCAGGAUCAAAUCAUCGACUGGCGCAACGAAUUUCACAAGUGGUUCAUUAAUGAAUUCAAAACGAUCAAAUUUCCACCGGGAAAUAAUGUAUUUGCCUACUAUGUGGACCAUGAAACGAAGAACUUUUUACCUUGGACUAAGUUGGUGCCCUCAUUUGAACUCGAUCCGGACGUGCCCUUGCAAGCCAACCUCGUACACACAUCGGAGACAACGCGUUUGCGUUAUUUUAUGGACGUGCUCGUAGCCGAUAAUCACCCAGUUAUGCUUAUCGGCGCAGCUGGCUCUGGAAAAACAAUUAUAAUGGGCUCUAAACUCAACGCGCUGCCAACUGAGAAGUUUGCCAUACAAAAUGUACCAUUCAACUUUUAUACCACAUCGGAGAUGUUGCAGCGCGUGCUGGAAAAGCCCUUGGAGAAGAAAGCUGGCCGCAACUAUGGGCCGCAGGGUAACAAGAAUAUGCUGUACUUCGUAGAUGACAUGAAUAUGCCAGAAGUGGAUAAGUACGGCACCGUGCAGCCACAUACGCUCAUACGUCAAUUCAUGGACUAUAGGCAUUGGUAUGAUCGCACGAAGAUGACACUACGUGACAUACACAAUUGCCAAUUUGUGUCGUGCAUGAAUCCUUCGGCGGGUUCGUUCACCAUAAAUCCACGGCUACAGCGACACUUCUGUUCCUUUGCGGUAAACGCGCCCGCAGCCGAUGCGCUCUUCCACAUUUUGUACUCGAUUCUCUCACAACAUUUGGCAGCGCCACAUCUCAAAUUCGACAAGGCCGUAAUAAAACUGGCAGAACCUUUGGUGCAAACAGCCAUUUCAUUGCACCAGAAAGUAGCCACAACAUUCCUGCCUACGGCCAUCAAGUUUCAUUACAAUUUCAAUCUGCGUGACAUAGCCAAUAUUUUUACAGGCGUUCUGUAUGCGAAUCACGAAACUUGUCCCAAUCCAAACCAGCUCCUGCGCCUGUGGGUGCAUGAAUGCAAUCGCGUUUACGGCGACAAGCUCGUCGAUCAUACGGACAUAAUCAACUUCCAGAAGUUACUGAGCGAGAUGGUGCGAAAAGGUAUUGAAUCCUUCUCCGAGGAUAUUGUCUUUUCGAAGCCGCUUAUCUACUGCCACUUUGCCAAAGGGCUUUCCGACAUCAAAUAUAUGGCCAUACCCGACUGGGAACGCCUGCAUCGUUUGUUGACCGAAGCACAAGAGCGCUACAACGACUUUGUCGGCGCACUGAAUUUGGUGCUUUUCGAAGAUGCCAUGGCACACGUCUGUCGCAUAAGUCGCAUACUAGAAUCUUCGCGCGGCUACGCGCUCCUCAUCGGUGUCGGCGGUUCUGGAAAGCAAUCGCUCACGCGUCUUGCGAGCUUUAUCUCAUCACUGGACGUAUUCCAAAUACAACUCACUAAAGAUUACAGCAACAACGACUUGAAGGCAAACUUGUCUACGCUAUAUAUGAAGGCUGGUGUGAAAUCCACGCCUUGUUGUUUCCUUAUGACCGACUCGGAGGUAGCGCGUGAGCAAUUCUUGGUGCUGGUCAACGAUAUGCUCGCUUCGGGUGAUAUACACGAACUCUUUCCGGACGAUGAGGUUGAAAACAUUAUCAGUGCCAUGCGCAAUGAAGUCAAGCAACUGGGAAUUAUGGAUACGCGCGAAAGCUGCUGGAAGUACUUCAUUGACAAGGUGCGCAGCUUGCUUAAGGUGGUGCUCUGCUUCUCACCGGUCGGCGCUACGCUACGUGUACGUGCACGCAAAUUUCCAGCACUAGUGAAUUGCACAACCAUCGACUGGUUUCACGAAUGGCCACAAGAGGCGCUCGAAUCGGUAUCGGCACGUUUCCUUAACGAAAUCGCAGUGCUGCCCAGAAGUUUGGCCGAUCCGGUGUCCAAGUUUAUGGCUUAUGUUCAUAACACUGUCAACGACAUAUCCCAGGUUUACUUGGCCAACGAUAAGCGCUACAAUUAUACCACACCCAAAUCUUUUCUAGAACUUAUCAAUUUGUAUGCGAAGCUGUUGCAGGAGAAGGUGAAGGCUAAUCAGGAUCGACGUGUGCGUCUGGAGAACGGUCUCAUCAAGUUGGCCAGCUGUUCAAAAGAAGUCGAUGCCUUACAGGACGUACUAAAAGUGCAGGAGGUGGAGCUGAAAGCAAAGAACGAAGAGGCUGAUCAUCUGAUUAAAGUUGUGGGCGCAGAAAAUGAAAAAGUGUCCAAGGAGCGUGCGUUUGCCACCAAAGAGGAGAAAAACGUACGCCAAAUAGAGGAGGAUGUAACAGCGAAAGCAAAGAUGUGCGAGGAAGACUUCCGCAAGGCACAGCCAGCGUUGAUAGCCGCACAGGAGGCCCUUAAUACGCUAAACAAAAAUAACCUAACCGAGUUGAAGUCUUUUGGUUCACCGCCCGAAGCUGUAGUCAGCGUGUGCGCCGCGGUCUUGGUAUUGUUCGCUUCCAAAGGUAAAAUACCAAAGGACCGCACCUGGAAGGCUUGUCGUCAGAUUAUGGGCAAUGUCGAUAAAUUUCUCAGCGAUCUGGUGAACUAUGAUAAGAAGCACAUACAUCCGGAUAUUAUCAAGGCACUACAGCCAUAUAUCAAUGAUCCCGAGUUCAAUCCGGAAAAAAUUAUGGCAAAAUCAGCGGCGGCGGCUGGACUUUGUUCAUGGGUUAUAAAUAUAAAUCGCUUCUACGAUGUAUAUCUGAUAGUUGAACCAAAGGAGCGUGCACUCGUGGAAGCUGAGCAGGAGCUCAAAGAUGCGCGCGACAAGCUGCAAGCACUGAAUGACCGGCUCAAUGAGCUGGAGGAACAGUUGAACGUCUUGCAGAUGGAAUAUGAUGAUGCUUUGGCUAAGAAACAAAAGUGCCAAGAUGAAGCUGACAAGACGGCUUUCACCAUUGACUUGGCCAAUCGUUUGAUAGGCGGUUUGGCCUCGGAAAAAAUACGCUGGACAGAGUCGGUGAAAAGCCUCAAGGAGGGUCAAAUUACGCUGCCGGGCGAUAUGCUGCUCAUCUCAUGCUUCAUAUCUUAUGUCGGCUGCUUUACGCGCCCAUAUCGCAUUGAAUUGCAGCAAAAAAUGUGGUUGCCUACCUUCAAAGCCAGCAAUCCAAAAAUACCCGCAACGGAAGAUAGUGACCCUUUCGAAAUGAUUUGCGACGAUGCACAAAUCGCCGAGUGGAACAACCAGGGAUUACCCAGCGAUCGUAUGUCAUCGGAAAAUGCCGCCAUUUUAGUGCACUCCGAUCGUUAUCCGCUAAUGAUCGAUCCACAGUUGCAAGGCAUUAAGUGGGUGAAGCAAAAGUAUCAAAACAACUUAGUGGUCGUCCGACUAACAAUGAAAGGUUACCUUGACAUGGUGGAGAAGGCCGUCAGCAAUGGCAAUGUUCUGCUGCUCGAAAAUAUUAGCGAAAGUGUUGAUGCUGUACUUAAUCCACUAUUGGGGCGUAUGCUAAUCAAGAAGGGCACUUGCCUCAAAAUGGGCGAUCGAGAAAUCGAUUUCAAUCCAAAGUUUCGUCUCAUACUCCACACGAAAUUAGCCAACCCACAUUAUAAACCAGAAAUGCAAGCACAAACUACACUCAUUAACUUUACUGUCACGCGUGAUGGUCUCGAAGAUCAGCUAUUGGCAGAAGUUGUGAAAGUGGAACGGCCAGAUUUGGAAGUUAUGCGCACACGCUUGACGCAGCAGCAGAACCACUUCAAAAUUACGCUAAAGUUCCUAGAAGAUGAUCUACUGCAACGCUUAUCUUCGGCCGGGGAAAAUGUUUUGGAAGAUGUGACGCUCGUAAUGAAUUUGGAAAAGACCAAAAAGACUGCUGACGAAAUUGAGGUUAAGGUAGCGGAAGCGAAAAUAACCGCAGUGCAAAUAGACACAGCACGCGAAGCUUAUCGUCCCGCUUCUGAACGCGCAUCAAUCAUUUACUUUAUACUCAACGAUCUUUUCAAAAUAAAUCCAAUCUAUCAAUUUUCGCUAAAAGCAUUCACGGUUGUCUUCUCAAAUGCCAUGCAACGCGCUGUGCAGGCGGAGAAGCUGAAAGACCGUGUAGAGAAUCUCAUCGAUUCAAUAACGUAUUGCAGUUUCUUGUACACGUCGCGCGGCCUCUUCGAAUCCGACAAACUUAUCUUUCUUACUCAAAUGUGUCUGCAGAUAAUUAUCAGCGCAGGCGAGGUUGAGCAUGCCGAAUUGGACUUUCUGCUACGCUUCCCUUACAUGCCGAACCAGACAUCGCAGCUUCCGUUCCUGACCAAUGUUGGCUGGGGCGGCAUACGCGCGCUAAGCAAUUUACCGGCGUUUAGAAAUCUCGACAAAGACAUCGAGGGCUCCCACAAGCGUUGGAAGAAGUUUGUCGACUCGGAGUGUCCAGAGCGUGAAAAGUUUCCGGGUGAAUGGAAGACAAAGUCAGCUACACAGCGCUUGUGUAUUAUGCGCUGCAUUCGGCCAGACCGCAUGUCCUACGCCAUGCAAGUAUUUAUUGAGGAGAAGCUUGGCUCCAAGUACAUAGACGCCAGAUCAAUGGAGUUCGCUAAGACCUUCGAAGAGACCAGCCCCGAGACACAUGUUUUCUUUGUACUCUCGCCCGGUGUUGAUCCGCUCAAGGAUGUUGAGAAGUUGGGCAAAGUUAUGGGCUUCCACGGCGAUAAUGAGAACUUCCACAGCGUUUCGCUGGGUCAGGGACAAGAAAUUGUGGCCGAAGACGCUAUUGACACAGCUUCACGCAACGGUCACUGGGUUAUUUUGCAGAAUAUUCAUUUAGUGGCACGUUGGCUGCCCACUUUGGAAAAGAAAAUGGAGGCAUCUCUCAUCGACGUCAAUCCAAAUUAUCGUUUGUUUUUGAGCGCUGAACCAGCAGCGGAUCCCGCUUAUCACAUACUGCCUCAGGGUAUACUAGAAUCGGCUAUUAAAAUCACAAACGAACCGCCGACUGGCAUGCAAGCCAAUGUGCACAAGGCGCUGGAUAACUUCAAUGAGGAAACGCUUGAAAUGUGCUCAAAGGAAACCGAGUUCAAGGGGGUACUGUUCGCGCUCUGCUAUUUCCAUGCAGUCGUAGCUGAACGGCGAAAAUUCGGGCCACAAGGUUGGAAUCGUGUUUACCCAUUCAAUGUGGGCGAUCUGACUAUUUCGGUGUAUGUGCUAUACAACUACUUGGAAGCCAACACGCGCGUUCCUUGGGAGGAUCUGCGCUAUCUCUUUGGCGAAAUCAUGUAUGGCGGCCACAUAACAGAUGACUGGGAUCGCCGUCUGUGUCGCACUUACUUGCAAGAGUUUAUGCAGCCCGAGCUAAUUGACGGCGAGCUCUCAUUUUGCCCUGGCUUUCCAGCUCCCGGUAUACUCAAAUAUCAAGGUUACCACGAUUAUAUUGAUGACAAUUUGCCGGCCGAGAGUCCAACGCUUUACGGCCUGCAUCUAAAUUCCGAAAUAGGCUUCUUAACAACCGUUUCGGAACGUCUAUUCCGCAUCGUUUUCGAGCUGCAGCCACGCAUUGCUGGCGCUGAUUCGGGUUCCGGCGAAACGCAGUCGCAGGAGGAUGUAGUCAAAAGCAUGAUUGAAGAUUUGCUCGAUAAAAUACCUUCGCCAUUUAAUAUACCCGAAUUGAUGGCGCGUGUCGAAGAUCGUAAUCCCUAUAUUAUAGUUGCGUUCCAGGAGUGUGAGCGCAUGAAUAUACUAAUGUAUGAAAUAAAGCGCUCACUACACGAACUUGAGUUGGGCUUAAAGGGUGAGCUAACUAUUUCUUCAAUUAUGGAGGCGCUUAUGCAAUCACUAUUUUUGGAUCAAGUGCCCGAGUCGUGGACAAAGCUUGCCUAUCCCAGUUUGUUGGGCUUGCAAUCAUGGUUUGCCGACUUGCAAUUGCGUUUGCAUGAACUCGAAGGCUGGGUUGCUGAUUUCCGAAUGCCGUCAUCCAUUUGGCUGGGCGGGUUCUUCAAUCCACAGAGUUUGCUUACAGCCAUUAUGCAGCAGACAGCGCGUAAGAAUUCUUGGGCUUUGGAUCGAAUGUGUCUCAAUUGUGAUGUGACAAAGAAAACGAAAGAGGAAAUCAAUGCACCACCCAAAGAAGGUUCCUAUGUUAAUGGCUUGUUUAUGGAAGGCGCACGCUGGGACAUGAAAAUGGGCACCAUUGCUGAUGCUUAUCUAAAAGAACUUUUCCCGGCAAUGCCGGUAAUUUUUAUCAAGGCCGUGCUAUUGGACAAGCAAGAUACGAAAAAUAUUUACGAAUGUCCUGUAUACAAAAUACGCAUGCGUGGGCCCACUUUCGUUUGGACGUUCAAUCUGAAGACCAGAGAGAAGGCUGCCAAAUGGACAUUGGCUGGAGUUUGCUUGCUAUUGCAAAUCUAA